AUGUCUGAUGAUGCCCGUUUAAAAAAAUUUCAAGAAGCCAAUAAGAUCGUAUUUGAUCCAAAUACAAGACAAGUCUGGGAAAAUCAAAAUAUGGAAAGUACAACUGAUGUUGAUAAUAGCACAUUAAAUGAUAAUAAUAAUAUAACGUCACAGCAACAACAACAACAGAAUAUAGAGACAGCUAAAAAUGAGUCAAAUACAAAUGAAGAGGAUGAUGCAGCAACAUCUGGGAUAGUUCCUACAUUACAAAACAUUGUGGCUACUGUAAAUUUAGGUUGUAGACUAGAUUUGAAAACUGUUGCAUUACAUGCACGUAAUGCUGAAUACAAUCCAAAACGGUUUGCUGCCGUCAUUAUGCGUAUUAGAGAACCAAAGACAACAGCACUAAUUUUUGCUUCUGGUAAAAUGGUUGUCACUGGUGCUAAAAGUGAAGAUGACUCUAAAUUGGCAAGCAGAAAAUAUGCAAGAAUUAUUCAAAAGAUUGGAUUUGCUGCAAAAUUUACAGAUUUUAAGAUUCAAAAUAUUGUUGGUUCAUGUGAUGUAAAAUUUCCAAUAAGAUUGGAAGGGUUGGCAUUUAGUCAUGGCACUUUCUCCUCGUAUGAACCUGAAUUGUUUCCUGGUUUAAUUUAUAGAAUGGUGAAGCCAAAGAUCGUUCUAUUAAUUUUUGUUUCUGGUAAAAUUGUCUUAACAGGUGCAAAACAAAGGGAAGAAAUUUAUCAAGCUUUUGAAGCUAUCUAUCCUGUGUUAAGCGAAUUUAGAAAGAUGUAA